AUGACAAUCAAAGACCCAACAACCUUCGACGUGAUUGUCGUCGGCGGUGGCAACGCCAGUCUAGUUUCUGCACUCUCAGCCCACCGUGCCGGUGCACGAGUCGCCAUUUUUGAAGCAGCAACAAGGGAGGAACGAGGAGGAAAUAGUCGCUUCUCUUCAGGAAUCUUCCGCAUUCCACACAAUGGACUAUCCUCUGUGGAACCACUGCUCGAUGGGAAAGCAUUGGACGAUGUGAAGUACUGUCGCAUGAAGCCAUACACCCCUGAAACCUACGGAAGCGAUAUUAACCGGACGAGCAAAGGGCAAUGUGACCACGCACAGGUCGCAGUCAUGCUCAAUCAUGCCUUUGAGACUGUGACCUGGAUGAAAGAAGAGCUGGGCGUGAAAUGGCAGCUGCCGUUGGGCAAGUUCUUUGAUCGUGAGAAGAUCAUCAAGGCGCAGGGUGUGGUGGAUAUGCCGCCGUGGGAUACAAUUAUGGCCAUUGGGGAGGGAACUGGCUUGAUGGAGGCGUUGUGGGAGGCUGUCGAGAAGACGAACAUCUAUGUCUCCCAUGGUGCGCCUGUGGCGGAUCUGAUUGCCGAUGGAGAUACUGUCAAAGGUGUCACUGUCAGACACAGAGAAGUUACUGCCAGUUACUAUGGUCAAGUCAUUCUAGGCUGUGGUGGUUUCGAGGCCUCCGCACGGCUUCGCAGACAGUAUCUCGGUGAAGGAUGGGAUCUUGUUGCUCUGCGUGGCAGUCGCUUCAACACUGGCACCAUGAUGGAAAAAGCAGUGGCAGCUGGUGCAGGAGCAGCCGGACAUUUCGGGGGCUGCCAUGCCACUCCUCAUGACCUGAAUGCACCCAAAGUGUUGAGCCCAAACGAUACAGACACGAUGAGCCGAUACAGCUUUCCAUACUCGAUUAUGGUCAAUGCCGAAGGACGUCGGUUCAUGGAUGAGGGCGAAAACCACUUUAGCCUGACGUACGCAAAGACCGGAGCGGCGAUUGUGCGACAGCCUCAGGCUACUGCCUUCCAGGUUUUCGACCAGAAGACUCUUCAUCUCCUUGAGCCGCGAUAUGCGGUUGCAUCCCCAGUUCAAGCUGACAGUCUUGAAGAACUUGCGGAAAAGAUCGGCGUUGACGUAAACGCGUUCUGUGCCACAGUCAACGAGUAUAACGCCGCCGUGCCCACCGAUGCAGUCGAAAAGUUCAAUGCUUUCGCUCUCGACAGCGUGUCAACAGGAACAGCACUUUCCAUUCCCAAAAGCAACUGGGCCCUCCCACUCGACCAGGGCCCGUUUGUAGCGUACGGAGUGACGUGCGGCAUUACCUUUACUUACGGGGGUUUGAAAACGGACGAUGCUGCUCACGUGUUGAACGAGGAAGGGCUGAUUAUGCCCGGUCUGUGGGCCGUUGGAGAGAUAGCCGGAGGUUUCUUUGCAUUCAACUAUCCUGGAGGGUCUGGGCUGACUAAAGGGGCAGUCUUUGGGAGAAUUGCGGGUCAGACUGCAGCAGAGAGAGCCAAGGGACUCAGGGUGGAGAUGUAGAUUAACCAGGGUUGGAC